GUAUACAGGACACAAGAUGAAGGGCUACAAACUUGACUGCUGCCUGUCCAGUAAAGACACACACGUCCUGAGCUGUUCAGAAGAUGGAUAUGUUUAUUGCUGGGACCUUGUGGAGGGGUCUUUGUCCUUAAAGCUGCCGGUGGGGAAAGGGGUUGUCCAGUCAUUGUCCUUCCACCCCACAGAGACCUGCCUCCUCACAGCCAUGGAGGGACGAGUUCAGGUGUGGGGGGCCAAGCCGGAGGAGGCACAGGAUGAAGCUAUGACCUAAUAACAGUCAAAUGGGACUCGAAUGUUGAGAGGAGCUUAAUUUCUGUUUAACAAGCAGGAUUUUCCUACUCGACCAAACUGAUGUGUUUCGUGGUUGCUUGAAACGAUCUUUCUGCCAUGUUCAUUGUCUGUAAAUAUGGGAUUUUUGAAGGUUUGAUUCUUGAGUCAGCAGUAAAAUGUUUUUUAAAAAACAA